AUGGUGCCCAGCCAGAUGGGAUCGCGAUGCUAUAACUUUGAGGGUUUGAUGUGCACGGCUUCAGGAUCGCGGCUCAUCGAGUCUCGUGCCUCGGUUGGACUUUUGCCUCAAAUUGCACGCGACCGUUACCCUACGAGCCUUGGAUUUGACACGCUCUACGAGAGAUCAAGAGCACCCCUUCCGCAAGGCAAUCAAUCGACUGCAAACGCCUUGCCGGCUUACCAUCUCCCACUCCUCGUCGACAACGAAGAGAGCGCCCCGAUCCUCAUCCGCCUUUUGACUUAUUCAUAUGUCGCCAUGGCGCGGCGCAAACCAUUGGGGCGUCUGGGACUCCUCGUGCUCUCUUGGAACAUCUUGUACGCAAACGUAGAGGCGAGGGAAACGAGACUUCUUCCGGGAUUCGACGACGAUGGCCAGAGAAUAUUUGUUCCGUCCCAUCGGACACCGGCGCUUUACACCGGCGAUUUUGGCGACUGCGUUGAGGAGAAUGUCAUGUACGGGGAACAGCAGUUUGAAAUGGUCUUUGACCCGUGCUUGACGCAGGUGUAUAGCGUGGGCUCUCAUUCCCAUACCCCCUCCGCCCUCGACGUCAUCCCGAGCAUUGCAUACCAAAUACCCGACUUUGACGGCGUCGCCCGUCUGCAAGUCUUCUCCAACACUACACAAACCCGCAUCGGGUGCUUCCAAGCCGCCCUACAAAACGGCCAGAGCCUCUCCCACCCCAUCGCCAUCCCCGUCAUCCUCGCCUUCUUCACCACUCUUGCCAUCCUCUCCUCCUUUGCCCUCGCCGUGUACGGCACCGCCAUUUCGCAAAUGAGGACGCAUUACGCCCACGCCUUUUCCGGCCUCAUCAUCUUUGAAACGUUCCACUCCAUAUUCCUCUCCGGCGCCGUGUCUCUGCCGUGGCCGAGCGUCCUCCCCGCUUGGCGAAGCAACUUUGCCUGGGCGUCGGGCCUCGUCUACGCGGAGCAGAUCGUCGAUGGGGUGGCCUCGUUUGCCGCCGCUGCCGCCGUUGCCAAUUCGGGCAAGCUUGCAAACAGCCUGUUCAAGAGACAGGCGCCGCCUUUCAACGCGAGCAACCCCGACGACUAUACCUGGGCCGGGGGCCCGGCAAGACCCGGUCUGCCCCUGCCGGGAUCCCACGGCGGCUUCGCGGGGACCCUGGCCGUUCUCAAGCUGCCCACGUCCGCCGCCUUCCUCGUGGCACUGGUGUGGUUCUUCGUCCUGUUAGCCCUCGUCGCGGCAUCAAUCGCGCUGCUCCGCUGGGUUCUCGGCCUGCGCUGGGCGCGCACGCGAGUUGACCCCGACAAGGUCGCCUACUUUAGAGCCCACCUCGCCGGCUACAUAGCGGUGGCGUCCCUGCGGACAUUUUCCUAG